GAGGCAUUCGCUGGUUUCUGGACAGCCAUGGAGAAACUGAAGAUUCUGCUUGCUGUUGUCUUUUCCGUGGGAACGACCUCAGCAGCCUCUCUGGGUGUGGUACAAACAGAAGGAGGCGGUGUUCAGGGACAAAAUAUCCCCCUCGGCCUUUUCCGCUCCGUGGAUGUUUUCAAAGGAAUUCCUUUUGUCGCCAAGCCUGGCACAUUUGAGAAAGCCAAACCUCACCCUGGCUGGGAUGGUAUACUGAAGGCAACAAAGUUUGCUACAAGAUGUCUCCAGAUCAGCAUGCUCCAGACUUCAAGUUUUGGAAGUGAAGACUGCCUGUACCUCAACAUCUGGGUUCCUCACGGCCGACAUGUGUCAUCAGGUCUCCCCGUCAUGAUUUGGUUCUAUGGAGGAGGCUUCGUGGUCGGUGGUUCAAUGGGGCCCAAUUUUCUCAACAACUAUCUGUACAGCGGUCAGCAAAUUGCAGACAAGGGCGAAGUGAUUGUGGUGUCUGUGGGAUACCGUGUGGGCCCCCUGGGCUUCCUCAGUACAGGGGACUCCCGCUUACCUGGAAACUACGGACUGUGGGACCAGCACGCCGCCAUCGCCUGGGUGAACAGGAACAUCCGCUCGUUCGGAGGAGACCCCGACAACAUCACCCUCUUUGGAGAGUCUGCAGGCGGAGCUAGUGUCAGCUUCCAAACUCUCUCCCCCCACAACAAAGGGCUGUUCAAGAGAGCCAUCUCCCAGAGCGGUGUUGCCUUCUGCCCCUGGGCUCUGAACAGGAACCCCAGCAAGUUUGCAGAGAAGGUUGCUGAGAAUGUCGGCUGCCCCACUGAUGACCGGAUGGUGACCUGUCUGAAAUCAACUGAUGCUAGGACUCUGACCAUGGGUGCUCCCCGCAUUGAACUGGGUUCCCCGGACUAUCCCGCUGUCACAGACCUGCUUCUGUCUCCUGUCGUUGACGGAGACUUCCUCCCUGAUCAGCCUGCCAACUUGUUCCACAACGCUGCUGAGAUCGACUACCUGACAGGGGUCAAUAACAUGGACGGACACCUCUUCUCCUCAAAGGACAUUCCUUCCUUUAAUGACAAGAAUAAAGAGACUCCCGUAGAAGAUGUAAAGAGGCUCCUCGCUGCUUAUACCAAAGAGAUGGGGCCAACUGCUUCAGAGAUUGCCUUUGCUGAAUAUUCGUCCAACUGGGGACCAACACCCAGCCAGGAAAGCAUCAGGAGAGCUGCUGUGGACAUUGGGACUGACUACAUCUUUCUGGUUCCUAUACAGACUGCCAUCUACCUGCACGCAGCUAACGCCAGGUCUGGCAGUACCUACUCCUAUCUGAUGUCUGAGCCCAGUUUACUUGCCGGUCCAGGCAGACCCUACCAUGACUGGGUGGGAGCCGACCACGCUGAUGACCUGCAGUAUGUCUUUGGCAAACCCUUCACCACGCCAAAGGCUUAUGGGGACAGACACAGAGACCUGUCGGGCUAUAUCAUUGCCUAUUGGACCAACUUUGCCAGAACUGGAAACCCCAACAAAGGAAACCUGAAGGUGCCCGUGACCUGGCCGGCAUUCACCAGCGCUGAUCAGCAGUUCCUGGAAAUCAAUGCUAAGAUGAACGAGAGCUCCACUGGACGGGACAUGAGACAACAUUUUGUGCGCCUUUGGACCAGCACGCUUCCCAGCCUUGCAUCACAUGCUGUUGCUGAUGCUCAGUGAUGAAUUAAUUAAUACAAAU